GGAAUGAGUUGUGACAUGAUUAAUCAAGAUGAUUACCAACUGGUUCGAAAACUUGGUCGGGGAAAGUAUAGUGAAGUAUUUGAGGCCAUUAACAUCACUAACAACGAGAGAGUGGUUGUAAAAAUUCUCAAGCCAGUGAAGAAAAAGAAGAUAAAACGAGAGGUUAAGAUUCUGGAGAAUCUUCGUGGUGGAACAAAUAUCAUUAAGCUGAUUGACACUGUAAAGGACCCUGUGUCAAAGACACCAGCUUUGGUAUUUGAAUAUAUCAAUAAUACAGAUUUUAAGCAACUCUACCAGAUCCUGACAGACUUUGAUAUCCGAUUUUAUAUGUAUGAACUACUUAAAGCUCUGGAUUACUGCCACAGCAAGGGAAUCAUGCACAGGGAUGUGAAACCUCACAAUGUCAUGAUAGAUCACCAACAAAAAAAGUUGCGUCUGAUAGAUUGGGGCUUAGCAGAGUUCUAUCAUCCUGCUCAGGAGUACAAUGUUCGUGUAGCCUCGAGGUACUUCAAGGGACCAGAGCUCCUUGUGGACUAUCAGAUGUAUGAUUACAGCUUGGACAUGUGGAGUUUGGGCUGUAUGUUAGCAAGCAUGAUCUUUCGAAAGGAACCCUUUUUCCAUGGGCAGGACAACUAUGACCAGCUUGUUCGCAUUGCCAAGGUUCUGGGUACAGACGAGCUGUAUGGCUAUCUGAAGAAAUAUCACAUAGACCUAGAUCCACACUUCAACGAUAUCUUGGGACAGCAUUCAAGGAAACGCUGGGAAAACUUCAUCCAUAGUGAAAACAGACACCUUGUCAGCCCUGAGGCCCUAGAUCUUCUGGACAAACUUCUGCGAUAUGACCAUCAACAAAGACUGACUGCCAAAGAGGCCAUGGAACACCCAUACUUCUACCCUGUGGUGAAGGAGCAGUCCCAGCCUUGUGCAGAGAAUGCUGUACUUUCCAGUGGUCUCACAGCGGCACGAUGAAGACUGGAAAGCGACGGGUAAUGCGGCAUUGAUGCUUGCCAAUAAAACCAACCACCAAACACAAAUCUUGAAGGAAAACUACAGUGUGAUAAAAAGAAAUUCUAAUCAUUCCUUCUAAGGCAAAGAAGAGAAAGACCUAAAAGUCUGUCAAAAGAAACUCCCCAGUACUAGUCUCCAGGGAACUGCAGUUGUGCAGUGUGAUGAUGCAUAUAUAUAGUUCAGGAUCUAAGGGGACUCUCCAUUUGGAAUGCAUGGGAGAUGAGAAACUCGGAGUUGUUGUAUAUUUUUCAUUUAACAGAACACCACUGUUGAUUAAUCCGUUCGGUCAACAAGCUCUGAAUAUCUGACUUCCUAUCUAUUCCAUUGUGGUCUGUUUUCCUUUCAUGAAAAUUCAGGCUCAAGUUUUAGCAAAAUGUCAGCAGUCUAUACUGACACACCAGCCUCAUUUAUGAAAAGGAUAUUAAAAACACAGUAACAGUAUUUUUUUUAAGCUCUUUUACAAAUUCAUGUUUUAUGUAUUUUUUUAUGACAUGAGCUCUCCAAGAAAUGUACCUCAUCUCUGCAGUUUCCCUCUAAAUGUUUUCAUUUGGGAGCAAACUGCAGUUACUUUCACAAAGUCCUCUUUGCUGUCAGGAGACAUCACUUGAAAAAUGCAAUGAGCAGGUCCAUCGGUCUCAUCAGAAAUAUGCUAUGUGCAUAACUUGGAGCUCACCAUAACCUAUGUUGAUUUGCCUAACCACAGAAUCUUGUUGCUGGUGUUUUUUCCUUUAGCCUUUUUUUGGGAGGGGGCAGCCUUCUAAGGAAAACCUCAGCAUUUCCCACCACAUCCCUUUGUGUGCAUCUGUUUUAAUGCACUCCUCUGAAACAGCAACCUUUUUAUUCACAACCAUAUCUAAAACUGAAAAGUCAGUUUUCAGGCAGGUCAAAGAGGGAGACAACAUCCUAUUAGGAUUUAUUUGGAAAGAUUUGCUGGGGGGAAAAGCAUCACUACCUGUCUUCCCCCCGUUUUCCCCCAUGACAGUCCAGUUGUAAUCAGGGUAACAGCAUUUUGAGCUUGGUUAUGUGAUACAUGAGAAGGAAAAGAUAAGUCUUUUUUCACAUGCAGGUACUGAUACUGUAUGGGCAAGACCAUCCCAUAACUCCAGCAACUGAGAGAGAAAUAUACAGGGCACUUGGGGAUAAAAGGGGACCUCCUGGGGGCAAGUGUUAAAGUUUUGGAUCUGCUGUGCUAUCCUUGACAUUAACAAAGAAAGCUAGGUUUUAUUUUUCAAAAAAGAAUAGGGCUGAUUUCAUUUUAGGGACUGGUCAACAGCAUGACUUGCCAUUAGUCCCCUACCUGUCAUCUACAGAGCCAUUGUCACAACUCUGGGGACCUAACAUGCCUAGGCUAGAGGUAGAGGUGUCUGCCACCAAUCACACAUAGGAUUUAUUAACUAUUUAAUAAUGCCAUACAUUUUUAAAGGUUAGAUUGUUUGAAGCAACUGUUUACAUUCCAUAUUCCAAUAAAAUCAUAUUGGUAUUGGUAGCAGGUCCUAUCUUUAAAUGUAGAUUCUAUUUUUGUUGUUUGGAUGGUGGGAACUUAAAAUACAAGUGAAACUCUUCUCCUUUUAUAAGAGUUGAGUUUAUAGAUUAAAAAUAAGAUCCUAAAGCCAGGACAUACAUUCAGUUAUGGUUCUCAUAUUAAUACUGCCUGCCUGCACUAUACAUUCUGUAUCUUGAUAAUGUAUACUUUUUCUACCUGAAAAUCAAAUAUAAGAUGUGAAUUCUCUGAACCUAUAUCAAUAUGUCAGGCAGCAACACUCAGUGUUUCAGAUUUUCACAGGUCUUCAAAAUGCCCUUAUUUAGGCAGCCUGAAGUAUUGGUUAUCAGGGAGAUGUGCCACUGUGUGUCUUUCUUGCUCCCCACCCCCUAAGUCUUCCUUAUCACUCUUGGCCUCUUCCCUUCUGCCUUUUGUUUUCUUUCUUUCUUUUUUUAUUUUUUAUUUUUAUUUUUAUUUUUUGCUUGUCUGGUCCAAGCAAGAGGAGCCUACUGGAGGGUCUUGGCUGAGCAGUAACCCCACUUCUUUCCCUUGGGUACCCCAGCCAUAAUAAAAGCAUCUAGAAAGGAGUCAGACAGUGAGUCUCCACCCCUCUUCUCUGCCCUUCCUAGCUGACCUGCCAGCCCUUGCGUCUGCAAUUGCAUCUGUGACACAGCA